GCCCACUGCUGCCGCCGCGUCCGGCUGCGCCCGCGGGAUUGGCGGCGGGGCCCGGGGCCGCGCGCGGCGUGACAGGCCCGGCCUCGCGGGAGGCCCGAGCCGGCGGCGCCCCGGUCCCGCGCCGCGCUGUUCAUGAAGCAUGUCGGCCACCAGCGUGGACCCCCAGAGAACAAAAGGACAAGAUAAUAAAGUACAAAAUGGUUCUUUGCAUCAAAAGGAUACAGUUCAUGACAAUGACUUUGAGCCCUACCUUUCUGGACAGUCCAAUCCGAGUAACAGUUACCCCUCGAUGAGUGAUCCUUACCUGCCCAGCUACUAUCCACCGUCCAUUGGAUUUCCUUACUCCCUCAGUGAGGCACCAUGGUCCACUGCAGGGGACCCUCCCAUCCCAUAUCUUACUACCUAUGGACAACUUAGUAAUGGAGACCAUCACUUCAUGCAUGAUGCUGUUUUUGGACAGCCUGGGGGUCUGGGGAACAAUAUUUACCAGCACAGGUUUAAUUUUUUCCCUGAAAACCCUGCCUUCUCAGCCUGGGGGACAAGUGGUUCUCAGGGGCAGCAGACUCAGAGCUCAGCCUAUGGGAGCAGUUACACUUACCCACCAAGCUCCCUUGGUGGCACAGUUGUUGAUGGGCAGACAGGUUUUCACAGUGACACCCUCAACAAGGCCCCUGGGAUGAACAGUCUGGAGCAGGGCAUGGUUGGCCUGAAGAUUGGGGAUGUUACCACCUCUGCAGUUAAGACGGUGGGUUCAGUUGUCAACAGUGUGGCACUGACUGGUGUCCUUUCUGGCAAUGGUGGUACAAAUGUAACCAUGCCAGUUUCAAAACCAACUUCAUGGGCAGCCAUUGCCAGCAAGCCUGCAAAACCGCAGCCUAAGAUGAAAACAAAGAGUGGGCCGAUAGUGGGGGGUGCGUUGCCUCCUCCACCUAUAAAACAUAACAUGGACAUUGGUACUUGGGAUAACAAGGGCCCUGUUCCAAAGGCUUCAGCCCCCCAGCAGACACCAUCCCCCCAGGCUGCCCCACAGUCCCAACAGGUAGCUCAACCUCUCCCUGUUCAGCCCCCACCCUUGGUCCAGCCACAGUAUCAGAGCCCUCAGCAGCCUCUUCAGCCCCGCUGGGUGGCUCCCCGAAACAGAAAUGCAGCAUUUGGGCAGAGUGGAGUGGCCAACAGUGACAGUAACUCUGUUGGAAAUGCCCAGCCUGCUUCUGCCCCAAGUGUAGAAUCCCACCCUGUCCUGGAGAAACUGAAAGCUGCCCACAGCUAUAACCCUAAAGAGUUCGACUGGAAUCUUAAGAGUGGGCGGGUGUUCAUCAUCAAGAGCUAUUCUGAGGACGACAUCCACCGCUCCAUCAAGUACUCCAUCUGGUGUAGUACGGAACAUGGCAACAAGCGCCUGGACGGCGCCUUCCGCUCCAUGAGCAGCAAGGGGCCUGUUUACCUGCUCUUCAGUGUCAAUGGGAGUGGACAUUUCUGUGGGGUAGCAGAGAUGAAGUCCCCUGUGGACUAUGGCACCAGUGCUGGGGUCUGGUCCCAGGACAAAUGGAAGGGGAAGUUUGACGUGAAGUGGAUUUUUGUCAAGGAUGUGCCCAAUAACCAACUGCGGCACAUCAGACUUGAGAAUAACGACAACAAACCUGUCACAAACUCCCGUGAUACACAGGAGGUACCCUUAGAAAAAGCGAAACAAGUGCUGAAAAUUAUUGCUUCCUAUAAGCACACAACCUCCAUCUUUGAUGACUUUUCUCACUAUGAGAAGCGCCAAGAGGAAGAGGAGGUGGUGCGCAAGGAAAGGCAGAAUCGAAACAAACAAUAAGGACAAACCAUUUGUUUUUGGUUAAUGGUUGACUUUGAAAACAGAGUUUUAAGCUGUAUGCUUGGUGCUGUCUCCGAGUCAGCUCCAGUGUCGUCCUCGUGCGGGGUUGAUUGUUGCAUCUUUAUCUUUGUAGUUCAUUUUUGCCAGAUGGAUCUGCAUUCAUUUGUAUUUUUCUAUGUAUUAUAAUAUUGUAGCACUCACUAAUAAAGGAGUAUUUUGUUUGUCA